AUGCCUAUCAUGUUUUCGCCAAAGGCAAAUAAGAGUCUUUUGCCUCCUGUCAAGCUCUCUGGCAUCAAAGGUCCUCCGUCCGCCUUCAUCAAAAACGUUCUUGAACCUAAUUCCUCAAUGGCUACCAAAACUUAUUUCUUGUAUUUUAAGAACACAGUAGAAUUUGUUGAAAGCGUAGUAAGCUCUCCCGUCUCUCUUAUCUGUGUCUCAUCUUUACUUACGCAUGCAUAUGAAGCCAACCAAGAAGAGGAAGACCCCAUCCACGACUACAACAAUAACGGCAUCAAAGAAGACAAAGAUCACCACGGCCACGACCAUGGCCGUGACCGUGACCGUGAUCGCCGGCACCACCACCGUCACGACCACUACCACAACCACAAAGACGACGACGACUACAAAGACGACGACGAAGACGAUCGAGGAGAUGGAAUGAAGACGACGGCAAACGACGUGGACGCAGUCGGGUGCGAGAAAUUCUGAGGCAG